AUGUCAGCAGUGACAAUGCCAAAAUCGGAUUUCACUGUUUCAUCAUUACUCAAUUCAUCAAAUACUAAUACAUCAACUAACACGAAUAUAAAUACUGCUGCUAAUGUCACAGCAAAUUACCUUAAUUUUUUAUCGAAAUUUCGACCGAUGGGGUUUUCAACACCAUUAUCAACACCAAGAGAUCUUUUAGUUCCACCACCGCCACCAACAACAACAAUACCACCGCCUCCUUCUGAAUCGAUGCAUCGUAUACAAGAUGAUAGUGUACAUGAUGAUCCUAAAGUUGAGCUUGAAAGUAAAGAUUUAUGGGAUCAAUUUCAUCAACAUGGAACUGAAAUGGUAAUCACAAAAAGUGGAAGACGAAUGUUUCCACCUUACAAAGUUAAAGCAACAGGUCUGGAUAAACGAGCAAAAUAUAUUUUAUUAAUGGAUAUUGUCGCUGCUGACGAUUGCCGAUAUAAAUUUCAUAAUUCACGUUGGAUGAUUGCUGGAAAAGCUGAUCCAGAAAUGCCAAAACGAAUGUAUAUUCAUCCUGAUUCACCGGCCACUGGUGAACAAUGGAUGUCAAAAAUUGUUUCAUUUCAUAAACUUAAAUUGACCAAUAAUAUAUCAGAUAAACAUGGAUUUACAAUAUUAAAUUCAAUGCAUAAAUAUCAACCACGUUUUCAUAUCGCACGUACAGAUUCAAUUGUUGAUUUAGGUUGGUGUCCGUUUCGAACAUUUAUUUUCAAAGAAACAGAAUUUAUUGCUGUGACUGCAUAUCAAAAUGAAAAAAUUACUCAACUUAAAAUUGAUCAUAAUCCAUUUGCAAAAGGUUUUCGUGAUAAUGGACAAGGUAAACGAGAGAAAAAACGAAUUAUGCUUAAUGAUCAUCAUCAUCAUCGUCAUCAUCAUACCAAUAACGAUGAUUCAGAUGAUAGUGAUGUAUGUGUUGAUGAAACAACAACGACAACAACACCAACAACACCAGCAAAAGCGAAUAAUUCAACUAAACAAAAAGAUGCUCCAUUACACAGUUUAUUAUUUACUGCAGCUGCUGCUACUGCACAAGCUCAAGCUCAUCAUCCACUGCGACAUCAUCCGUAUGCACAUCCCCAUUAUUUUCAAUAUCGAAAUUAUCUAUAUGAACAACAACAACAACAGCAAGCUGCUGCUGUAGCAUUUCGAUUAGCCAAUCAUAAACGAGAACGCGAUGAAGAUGAUGACGACGAUGACGAUGAAAAUAAUGCCGAUGCUGAUUCAAAUAAAAGAGUUAAACGUGAACGAUCGAACAGUGCUGGAGCAACAAGUAUUAGUAGUAGUUCAGAUGAAAUAACAACAUCUACAAAUAAAUCUUCAAAAUUACCACUACCACCACCACCGCCGCAACAACAACAACAACAACAACAACCAACACAGGCAACAAUAAAUGAUGAACCUAUUAAACCAGAUCCCUUAGCAAUGUUUAAUUCAAAUUUAACUCCUCAACAACUUUAUUGGUUUUUACAAGGAAAUCCAAAUACUAAUAAUCCACUUCCACCAAUCGCAUCCAAUUUAACAGCAAAUGAUUGGUAUGAAACACUUUUCUUACAACGGCGAUCAACAAUGCCAUUACCACAAAUGAUUCAACAUCCAUUUUCAAAGUUAUUUGCUCGUUCAUUGCCACCAUUAUUACCAAUUCCACGUAUGACUUCACCACAAUCAACAAGUCCGAAAUAA